CGCUAUGUGGCUGCUGUACGCACUAUAGGCGCCACGAUUUCCGGUCGAACUAAAUCUCCCUUUUCUUUCGAUACGUGACAAGAUGGUUAACGUGCCGAAGCAAAGGCGUACUUUUUGCAAAAAAUGCAAGGUACACAAGAAUCAUAAAGUGACGCAGUACAAGAAGAGUAAGGAGAGACAUGCCUCGCAGGGCAGAAGACGUUACGACCGCAAACAGCAAGGGUUCGGUGGUCAAACAAAGCCCAUCUUCAGAAAAAAAGCAAAAACAACAAAGAAAAUUGUACUAAGAAUGGAGUGUACGGAAUGCAAAUAUAGAAAACAAAUUCCAUUGAAGAGAUGCAAGCACUUCGAAUUGGGAGGUGACAAGAAGAGAAAGGGUCAAAUGAUUCAGUUUUAAGCUACUCAAUACUUUACAUUCUGUAUUUAAUAAAUAAAUAAAUCAAGGAUUUAUACAUGUC